CAAUUUCUCUUUCUUUUCACAUUAAAAAAAAAGAAAUGUCUUCACUAGCUGAUGAAUUAGCUGCCGAUCUUGAUUUUUCCGAUUCUGGUGAUGAACAAACUUCUGAUCAUGAAGAACUGGAACAAGCUCAACAUUACGAUGAUGAAAUGGAUGUGGACCAAAAUAAUAUAGAUACCAGCAACAGUCGAGAUAGCAAACAACAAGAACAACAACCUUCAACAGAUAAUUCUAUCGAGGAUCCUCACAAUAUUCGAAAAGUUUGCAAAUUCUUAUAUAGUAAACAAGUACAACAUGUAUUGUCGCGUAUCGAUUACUUUGAAUCUCAAGAUAAAGAUACAACUCCAAGAGUCACAGGUUCUUCAGAAGAAGACGAAGAAUAUAGGUUGAUCAUUCAAGCAAAUAGCAUGACUGCGGAAAUAGAUAAUGAAAUGCAAACCAUCCACAAGUUCAUUCGAGAUCAUUAUGCUACAAAGUUUCCAGAAUUAGAAUCACUUGUACUGAAUCCUUUGGAUUAUGCACGAACUGUCAAAAAGAUUGGCAACGAAGCUGACAUUACGAACAUUGAUUUACGCAACAUCUUACCUUCAGCGACGAUUAUGGUGGUAACAGUGACAGCAACAACAACCAACGGACGACUAUUAACGGAUGAAGAAUGGAAGCGAACAGAGGAGGCUUGCGAUAUGGCAUUGGCACUUGACGAUGCUCGAAAGAAGAUCAUCAACUAUGUUGCCUCUAGAAUGACAAUCAUUGCUCCCAACUUGUCUCAUGUAGUAGGAAGUGCUACAGCGGCUCAAUUGCUUUCUGCAGCUGGUGGAUUGAGAGAAUUCUGCAAGAUCCCAGGAUGUAAUGUACAGGUACUUGGAAACAAUCGUAAAGUUGCUAUGGGCUUCUCGGUAGCAACGGCAAAUCCUCAUGGUGGUGGAUUCAUUGCACAAUCUCCUUUGGUAUUAUCUAUGCCUCAAGAUUUACGACGAAAAGCGACAAAGAUUAUUUCGGGAAAGGCUGCUUUGGCUGGAAGAAUUGAUCAAAGUCGAGCAUCAACGAGUGGUGAACUUGGUAGAAAAAUGCGGGAAGAUAUAGAUCAGAAGUUGGAAAAAUUGCAAGAACCUCCACCAAGCAAGAACGUUAAAGCCUUACCAGUACCAGAUGAAGGACCCAAGAAACGAAGAGGUGGCAAGAGAGUUCGACGACAGAAGGAAGCUUAUGCCAUGACAGAAUUACGCGCUGCACGAAAUCGUAUGACAUUUGGUGAACAAGAAGAAGAAGUUGGAUAUGGUGAUGAAACUGAAGGACUUGGUAUGGCAGCAAAACAAAUUGGGAAAAUCAGAGCAUCAGCUGCAGAUCAAAGAAACAAAGUUAAAGCACCCAAGCUCAAAUCAUACAACAAUACUACUUCUGGACUUCAAACAUCUGGAUUGGCGUCUUCACUAUCAUUUACACCAGUACAAGGCAUUGAACUUAUUGAUCCAACGGCGGCUGCGGAACGAACCAAGAAAGCAAAUGAAAAGUACUUUGGUGAUGGCGCAUUCUCGAUUGUACGCAAAUAGAUUCCUAGUCAAUAGCUUAGUGUAUUCUUUUUUUUUUUCUUUAUUAUUAUUAUUCAAUAAAUCAGCAUCCUUAUCAUCCAUACCGUCAAA